UUAAAAGUAAAAUUAAUCUCUUAACAACACAUUUACGACCGGGGCCGUUCGCAAAGACGUUAUUUGUAACCCGAAAGCGAAUCACACAGGUGCUGUCAAACCAAAACGGUGAAGCUUUCGGGGAUCAAGCGCUUUGGAUGAAUUGACAACAACAUGUGGACCGUCUCACAGAUGCCUCCUGGACCUUGUGAUCCGAUUUCUGCAAGGCUGUGACAGGAUUGUUUUGGCCUUCCUCUGACGCUGCUCGACCUUAAUACAGACAGUGACGUUGAGCGACAUUUCCUGAGAUUAUGCUGAGCAUCCUUGCAGCUGGCUCCAUAUUCUUCCCAGGCCUCUUUCUGCUGUCCAAGCGAUUUCUGAAACAUGCUCCUGGGCUCAAAUGGAGCGAGAAGGAUGCUGUCAUCGUCUCAUCCAGACUGGUGUCCUCCGUUCAAGCCAUUAUGGCAUCCUCUGCUGGAUACAUCAUCGCCUGUUCUUGUAAAGACAUCAUUGAGGACAAGCAUUGGCUCACCACCAGCUAUAUCCUCUUUGCGGUGCCCUACUUCGUCUAUGACAUCUAUGCCAUGUUCUUGUGCUACUGGUACAAACUUCAGGUCAAAGAUCACGAGGAGGAGAGCGAGACCAAACCGAUGAGAUCAGCCAUCAAAGGAUACCUGCGCCGCGAGUUUCUCAUGGUCCUGCAUCAUGUGGUCAUGGUCACUGUGUGCUUCCCCGUGUCUGUGUUCUGGAGACAGGGCAAAGGGGAUUAUUUCCAGGGUGUGAUGUUUCUGGCAGAACUCAGCACCCCGUCUGUCUGUCUGGGAAAAAUACUCAUCCAGUACAAGCAACAGCACACUCUCCUACAUAAAGUCAAUGGAGCUCUUAUGCUGGUCACUUUCUUCAUCUGCAGAGUUGUUCUAUUCCCCUACCUCUACUACGCCUAUGGCAGAUACGCGUCCAUCCCCUUCUACAUGGUGCCACUGUCUGUUCCCUGGCAGUGUAACGUUGGUGCGGCUUUACUGAUGGCCCCGCAGGUCUACUGGUUUUCCCUCAUCUGCAGAGGCGCCUUCCGUCUCUUCACCGGAGCAUCGCGGCACAAAGCACCCAUUAGCAACACAGACUCUGAGCCCAAAACCUCCCUCCUGCCCCCCGCCAACGGAUACAGCCCAAGAGAGACCGACUCGCACUGAGAGAGAGAGAGAGAUUGAUAGAAUGAGAUAGUAGGUACAGGGUUGUUAGGCCAAAUAGGAAACCAAAGGCAGAUCAUCUCAUUACAAUGGAUAAGAUCUACCUUUGACCCAGUGGCUCGGGUCAGCAAGCAAAAAAAAAAAAGAAAAAAAUGAAGCUGUGUACUCGCUAUUCACCCUCAUCUCUGUUUGAGAAGAAAAAUAAGACCAAACAAUACAGGUUGAUUUCUCCCUAACAUGCACAUUCUUUGAGUCAGAGCAGUGGGUUUGGGGGACACUUCAGAGUUGGUGCAUCAUUUGUAGAAUACCAUGGUCAUUAGCUUCAGAAAUAAGGGCCGAUGGGAAUGCAGCGGGAACAGUAUUUAAAAUAAGUGAUGGCUACCAGGAUUGACAGAUCCCCUUCUCUCUGUUUCUUCAGAAACAAAAUCUGAAAUUCGUAGAUUUGUACAUACAUUUUUAUUAAGAUUAACAUUUUAAUAGAUUUUUAUUUUAUUUUAGAUGAUUUUUUGUAGAAUCUGUUUAUUUAUUAUUUAUCCCUAUCCACAUUACGGGUGAAUUAGUUUAAAGCAAAGCCAAUCACCGAGCUGUUCUUUUCAAAAGCAACCCUUCACAUCACUGUGGCGUAGACAAAAUGGCCUGACUUCAUUCCCCUUCCUGAUACUCAUCACAGAUGAAAACAAGAUGGAAGCGACUGCCUCCAGUUAGUUAGUGAAUCAGCAGUUAUAAAGGAGAAGCGGGGUCAUUUAAAGGAUUUGGAUGAGGCUGAGGUAAUGCAUUAGCAUAUCUCUGCUGCAUUACUUCAAUCCUUUUAAGAUCCAGACGUCGGAGGGAGGAAGGGGGGAAGGGAUCGAGCUGCCCACUGGAACGCUGCACUUGAAAACCAAGUUGGCAGGGCUCUCGGACAAACCUGAGCCAUCGCUCUGUACUUUUCCUGCAGUUUUAUGUGAAGACACUGCCAACACAAUGGCCCUCGCUAACCUCUAAAUAGAUCCACACCACAGUAUGGCGUCUGUGAUACCACUGAUUGUAAUCAGCACACUUAACGGGUAACAGUUGCGCUCUUUCUCCUAAACCAAACUGUCAUCCUUUGUUUCUGUCUGGAUAUUGUCACUUUUACUGUAAAAGUGUCAUUGCUGUAACAGUGUUGUCAUCACACAUGCCCAUUAGUCUUGCUGAACUCACAAACCAGGCCGCCAGUUUAACAGUAUUAUUAGGGGUGUAAGUGGGAGAGUAGUGCACAAGGUGGAUUCUAGGAUUGAAUCUUCCCAAGAUUGGGUGCUAAACAAACAUCCAAGCCUGAUACUUCAAUACUUUUAAAAGCACUGCAUAGAGCUGAAUUCAGAGUUUUAGUUCUGGACCACUAUAAUAGGAGUUUUAUCAUAGAUUAGUCAUGUUACUUUUUAUUUUCUGAUUUAAAGUUAGCACGUGUGUCCAAAGGCAUCAAUGUAGCCUUAGAAGGAGAAUGAUCUCUACACAGAAUACUACUGAAUUGUUUUACACUGGGACACCAUUACCUUUUAAAGAAUGGAUAGUGCCAGUAUUUUAUAGCAAGGUAUACUGGUUUGGAAUCUGGUUAAAAAGUAAUAUUCUGAGCUAGAAUUGACUAUAAUCUCUGACUUUGUGUAAUUAUUGUUAAUUUAUUCCUAUAAUUUAUGUAUUUAUUUGACCAAGUCUGAAUGUAAAUAUGAAUACACAUCUUGUCCUUCUGAGUGGGCUUCUGUUUAGUUGCCUGAAGACUGUUCUGUAAUUCUGGCUCUCUCGGCUGAAAUAUAUACUCUUGCUCUUUCCUGCUGUGCUCCGAA